AUGCAAGAAGCGCGAGGUGGACCCGAAGGACUGCGCGUAUCUGGUGCUAUCAAGCAGCGCAAAGCACCUCAGCGAACAAGAACCGCACCCGAGACCCCUUCUGAUGACGCGCAGCGACCUCGAAGACGCCCAAAUUCAUCAGUGACCAGAUCACAAGCAGACAGAACUAAGAGCAUCGCCAAUUCCUCACCAUCGAACCCCAUACCGUCCUCGCUGUCUUCAUGUCGAAUUGAUUCCCAGACUCGCGCCGGAACUCCCGGCCAUGCAAUGUCAAGCGAUCAGCAUCAAGGGCCUAGCCCCAUCAGCGCCAUGGGAGCAACGAUACCAACCGAAGCCGAACAAGCGACGCAGACGAGGGGCGACGAGUUCUACGGCGAGUCUUCGUUGGUCUCGCUGGUACAAACAAUUGCACUACCAGGGCGUGAUCAUGGCUUCGGUGGAUUUUCGCGCCAUCGAUUCAAUUCGUCAAAUGGAGAUAUUGCUAGUCAACCGUUGGGUUCGAUGCUGCAUGUCCAGUUCUCACUGCCACCGCGCAGCGUCGCAGAUCAGCUAUUGAAUGUCUACUUCUCGAGCGUGCAUAUCUUCUAUCCCUGGACACAUUCUCCGAGUUUCAGGAAGGCCUACAGACUGAUUUGGGCCGACACAGCGAUCGCUGGUGCGACACCCGGUCAAAUAAAUGGUCCAGACAUUGGCCUUGGAGGGGGCAAAUGCUCACACCAUGUGUUCUUCAGUGCGCUCAAUGCUAUGUUUGCCAUGGGGCUUGAGUUCUCCGACUUGCCUUCAGAGGAGAGAGAGUCCACCUCGUCAAUCUUUUUUGACAGGAUGAGCCGUCUUUUGCGUUUCGAUAUCCUAGAUAGCGGGAGCAUCGCCCACGUUCAAGCCCUUUUGCUAGUUGGCCAGUAUCUUUUAUGUACUCACUACCCAACCAAAUGCUGGAAUGUUGUUGGUCUGGCUUGCCGUAUGGCAGUUGGACUUGGUCUGCAAUCUUCGCGCAACUUGGAGGGUGCGUCUGGUUUGGAGAUCGAGAUGAGGCGACGAGUCUGGUAUGCCUGCGUUCAGAUGGACAUGACCGUAAGCAUGACGUUAGGCCGCCCCCCUUCACUGCGGAUGUUUGAAGAAGUACCCCUACCCCUUGCUGUUGACGACGAACACUGGGCUGAAGCUCCAGAUUCUGGUCGUCAACCACCAGGUACUUAUUCCACCCACACGUUCAAUGUUGAGAACAUCAGAAUGGCCAUGCUCUUGGGGACCAUACUAGAACGUAUCUAUCAUGUACCUUCCAGACUCUCAGCCCAACGAGAUUCUGGGCACCCGGGCCCUGAGGCUGUGCUUGGCAUAGAUCGUGAGCUGAAUGCCUUGGUAGCUUCAGUACCCGAUAUUCUCCACUGGGAACGUGUGCAUACCCUCGGUGGGAAGGUGCCUUCAGUUCUCAAGCGCCAGUCCAACGUUCUACAUGCCAGGUUCCUACACAUGAAGAUCCUGCUUUACCGUCCCGGCUUCACCGAGUACUGCGCUUCUGUCUACUCGAGAAGCCAGACAGAUCUCUUGACAUCUGCCAUCAUCCUGAUAAUUGCCGAAUGCACUCCCCCACUAAAAUGCCUACUCGACGAUGGAACGCUCGAGACUGCGUGGACAAGCUGCCUCGAAAUUCUCGCUAUACUCGGUAAGGGUCACCCAUUGGCUGCUAGAUAUCGCCAAUCUCUCGAGCUACUACAUCGACGUAGUGUGUUAUCGUUUCAGACGAGCAAUCCAAUUGCGAGGGGAAGCAGUACCGAGCGACAGUCCGCAGGCGUUGGGAAUACCGCUCUAGAAGCUUUGGAUGAGCAACAGUUGAGUCAGCCACUCGGUGAAGACACUGGGACCACGAUACCUGAAGGACUACAUGGAGAGGAUGAACACCGCAUCGGCCAACUAUACCAAGAUGCAACUGGUACUGAGUGGCAAUAUUCCGCAGUCAAUCACUCUCACGACACUGAGUUCGACUUCUCCGCUCUACUGGGUGAGUGGGGUGGGGACAUGGACAGCCUCAUGAUGCAUUCUUUAGACGCGGCAGGUGAGGACGGCUGCGGAUACCCCGUGUUGGGCCUACUGUGA